GUGUUCGCCCUGCCGCAACGAGGGAUGGUUAAUCCUAGUUGAAUAAAAUUGUUAACGACAAAUAUCCCCAACAUUGGGGACACAUAAAUAUACCUCCUGUCAUGUCUCAUAAGUCAUAACCUUGAAAUCAAGUGUAUAUCUUUGUCCUCUUCCUCUUUGUGGGCCGUUCCCACCGUGUAGAGUAGACUCACCAGAAGUGGAGGCUGCAAUACCAAGCAAUCACCCACCAACACAACACACCCAUACUCUCUCUCUCUCUCUCUCUAUACACACACCUGCCUAUAUAGAGAGAGAAACGUAAGUGGAGAAAGAAAGAAACAGCCAUCAACAGCAAUUCAACCACUCAUACCAUCAUACCAUAUGAUCAUUUUUCUUCAUUGCUGCCUUUACCCCACUCACCCCAAAAUAUCACCUCAAAUCUUUCCCUCUUUCUCUCUCUCUACAAUUCCAAUUCCAAUUUCAGUUUCAUGAUCUGGGUAUGUUCCUAAACCCUUUUCUCUAAUCUGGGUAUGGAUUCUUAUGAUCAAACCACUCAGUUUCGAUACAAUCCGACCGAAAAUGGCACCGAAUUCUCCGGUAUUCUUGAAAUCUUUGUUCAUCAUGCUAGGAACAUUCAUAACAUAUGUAUCUAUGAAAACCAAGAUGUUUAUGCUAAAUUCUCACUCACCUAUAACCCUGAUGAGACUUUUUCAACAAGAGUCAUCAAUGGUGGGGGUAAAAACCCUGAAUUCAAUGAGAAAUUGGUGAUCAAAAUCAACCAAGUUGAUGCUGUUCUUAAGUGUGAAAUGUGGAUGAUGAGCAGGGCUAAGAACUUUAUGGAAGAUCAGUUGUUGGGGUUUUCUUUGGUUCCAGUUUCUUUGGUUCUUGAAAAUGGGGAGUUGACUCAAGAUUUUAGUCUUUCUUCAACUGAUCUGUUUCAUUCUCCUGCUGGAACUGUUAAAUUGAGUCUUUCGUUGAAUACGAAUCUGCCGUUUAAAUUUAAACACACCAUCGGUUCACGGAAUGAUUCAUCGAUAGCGUCGGAAGUUGUGUUGUUGGAUCCGGUUGAGUAUUCGCGGAUCGAGUUCCCGGAUAUUAAUGUGGUUAAAGAGAAUCAACAAAUGGUUUCACAGUAUUUUGGGUUGUCAGGUUGUUGCUCUGGGGUGAGGCCCAGGUUCGGGCUCACUGAGUCCGGGCCUGGGCCUGGGGUUGGGACCGGACCCGGAUCAUUUCUUUGCUUAGGUGCAUCCGGGUCCAACCAUGUUGUGGAUGACUAUGACAUGGUUGCGAAAUCUGGGUCGAUCUCUCCCAAUGAGAGCGUCCAGAAUUCAGGGUUGUUUAGUUCCACUAUGACGAGUUUAAGUGAUGAUAGGAACUCGGCGGACUCAUUGGAUAAAAAGAAUAGUUUAGCGGGAGAGUCAUCGGUUUCCGCUAAUGUAGAAAGUUCGUGUUCUAAGUUGAGCGAAAAGAAUGAGGUAAAGGAAGAAUCGGAGAUGCAACAACAGAUCGUCGAUAUGUAUAUGAGAAGUAUGCAACAAUUUACCGAGUCGUUGGCUAAAAUGAAGCUACCGAUGAAUCUUGAAACGAAUGAAGCCCGAGAUCAUGGGGACGUUAUUCAACGAUCGAAUAACGAUGUGGAGAUCGAGAACAAGAAGAAAGACGGUGGGCGGGUUUUCUACGGAAGUCGUGCGUUCUUCUAAUAGUGUGAUUAUGAUAUUAAUCAAUGUGUAAAAUCUUUAAAUUAUGAGUUAGAAUCUCACCAAGAACAUUGAUUUAUGAGUUUGGUAAUUGUUCUUUGAUGAUGAAGUUUGGUAUUAAGUCUCUUAUUAUUCAUUCCUCAAAUGGUUUUACAUUUAAAAUGUGAAUGUGAAAGUACUUUGUUAUUUUCUUUGGCA